AUGAUUGGAAAGGUUUUCUUUCUCGCUGCCCUUGCCUUUGCUACCGCCAAGCCAAGCGUGCCAGCUUUAGUUUCUCCAGCAUCAGUGGUAGCUGCAGCGCCUUUGGUGGCGGCACCAGCGGUUGCUCCCGCCCCAAUUGUAACUGCGUCCAGCUCUCAGUUCAUUGCAAGGAAUUACAAUGGCCUGGUAACAGCACCCUUGGUUGCAUCCGCUGCAUAUUACCCUGCGCCCGCAAGAUUAAUUGCUCCAGCACCAUAUGCAGUGCCUGCAUCUUAUGUGGCUAAUCCAGCACCAAUUGUCGCCUUCUAG